AUGAAUCCCUCCAUCCCACCCUCGACGGCUGAAUAUGGCGGAGAUGAGGUGUCGGCGAUUGUGCUCGACCCCGGCUUCUCAACGACGCGAGCUGGCUUUGCAGGGGAGGACACACCCAAAUCCCUGAUUCCGACAUACUACGGAAAAUAUUCCUCAGAUGGCCAGUCGAAGUUGGUCUUCGGUGAUGAUAUCUUUGUUACGCCCCGGCCCGGUCUGUCGAUUCACAACCCAAUGAGUCGCGAUGGAAUCGUGGAGGACUGGGACAUGGCAGAGAAAGUAUGGGAAUACGCCUUUAUUUCGCGCCUGACGGGCCCAAAGCCCGGAAAUCCCCUACAGAACGGAUUGAACGACGUGCCGGAGGGCGAAUUAUCUACAGAAAUGGAAGGGGUCGAAACUGAGGAGAAGCUGCUUGCUGAUAGCCCGCUGCUGAUGUCGGAGCCCGGCUGGAAUCCCACGAAAUCGCGCGAGAAGACUAUCGAGCUUGCCAUGGAGAAGUGGGGAACCCCAGCCUUCUAUCUAGCCAGGAAUGGUGUCCUUUCAGCCUUUGCGGCCGGCAAGGCAUCCGCUCUUGUGAUUGACAUCGGCGCUUCUAACAUUUCCGUAACCCCGGUUCACGACGGCAUGAUACUGAAGCGAGGAGUGCAGCACUCACCUCUCGGCGGUGAUUAUAUCUCAUCUCAGAUCCGCGCUCUCUUCAAGUCGAACGCCCCGCAGCCGAUAACCAUCACUCCUCAUUACCUGAUCUCGUCCAAGACAGCAGUCGAUGCCGGCCAACCCCCGCAAGCUAAAUACAAGACUUUCCCCCCCGACAGAGCUCCUGACGCAUCUUACAGAACCCUUCUCGAGGAGCGAACACUGUCCGAGUUCAAGGAAUGUGUCGUCCAGGUCUGGCCUGGCCCCAACAAGCUCUCCGCCACAGGUCCCAACGGUGUCUCGAACGAAGAACUGGCCAAGAGCAGUCCCGGCCGGCCCUUCGAGUUCCCCGACGGCUAUAACCAAGUCUUUGGAGUGGAUCGCUAUAAGGUCGUCGAAUCCCUGUUCGACGCCAAAGCUGCAAUCCCGGACCCUGAAUCGGCAUUCCCCGCACCGACGCCGGCACAAACUGUGCCAGAGCUCAUCAAGAAUGCGCUGAACGGCGUCGACGUCGACAUCCGCCCGCACUUGUUGGCUAACGUUGUCGUCACGGGCGCCUCCAGCUUACUCUAUGGUUUCACCGACCGUUUGAACCAGGAGCUCAUGCAGAUGUUCCCAGGUCCACGCGUUCGUAUAUCGGCCCCAGGAAACACCGCAGAGCGGAAGUUUGGCUCUUGGAUUGGUGGAAGUAUCCUCGCCAGUCUGGGUACCUUCCAUCAGAUGUGGAUCUCCAAGAAGGAGUUUGACGAACAUGGUCCGAAUAUCGUCGAGAAGCGCUGCAAGUAG